UUUGAGGGGAGGCUCCUGCUUGGGGGCUGUCUCACAUCUGCAGUUGCUCUUACACAACCCUGGUUGUGGCGGGACCCUACACUAUAAAAAACCCUGUCUGGAGAGGAAAAGUACCUCAGCCCUUUUUUUGGACAAGAUCCAUCAACAAGGCAACAUGCUGAGGAUCUGUGUGGCCCUCUGUGCCCUGGCAACAUGCUGGGCACAGGACUGUCAAGUUUCAAACAUUCAGGUCAUGCAGAACUUCGAUAGGAGCAGGUAUACUGGUAGGUGGUAUGCUGUGGCCAAGAAAGAUCCUGUUGGUCUGUUUCUCUUGGACAAUGUCGUCGCUCAGUUCUCAGUAGAUGAAAGUGGCAAAAUGACUGCAACUGCCCACGGCAGAGUUAUCAUCCUGAACAACUGGGAAAUGUGUGCCAACAUGUUCGGCACCUUCGAGGACACUCCAGACCCUGCCAAGUUCAAGAUGAGAUAUUGGGGCGCUGCUUCAUACCUCCAGUCUGGAAACGAUGACCACUGGGUCAUUGACACCGACUACGACAACUACGCCAUCCACUACUCCUGCAGAGAGGUUGACCUGGACGGCACCUGCCUGGACGGAUACUCCUUCAUCUUCUCCCGUCACCCCACUGGCCUGAGGCCCGAGGACCAGAAGAUUGUCACAAACAAGAAAAAGGAGAUCUGCUUCCUCGGCAAAUACAGACGCGUUGGACACACUGGUUUCUGUGAAAGCAGUUGAUCUUUAACUACUCAGAGGGAUAACGUGGGAGUAGAAUUCCACAAGACUGUAAAUAUAAACCAUGUUCCACAAACAGCAACAAAAACAAACCAUCCGUCACGAACCAGCCCCUUCUAGCAGUUGCGGAACUUUGCCAUUACCAAAGAUGACACCAAUCAACCAAAGCAAAUUAUGUGUAUCUGAAUGUACAAGGGAAUGGGAUUCUUUACUGAUUGUCAUUGUAUGAUGUAGUCUUGAACCUCUUUUUGAAAUAAAACCCCCCACAUAUGUACUA